GAAAAGGAAGAGAGAAAGCAACUUGGGAUUUUUGAUUUGUCAUCGCUAGCUUAUCCUCCUCCUUUGCUUUCCCUUACUCCUUCUCUCUCUUAAUCAAUUGGGAGUUCUGAUCUUGAUCCAUUUUCCUUAGUUAUUGCGUCUGCAACUUCCUCCAUCACCAGAAAAAACAAAAGUCUGUGACUGUCUACUAUUGUUAUACCCUACUUUCUUAAGAUUUUUAUCAGAAUACAUACACAGAGAGAAGAUAGAAAACCAAGGAGGAAAAGUCAGCAUGGAUGAAACCCUCUCUCCAGAACCAGACUCAGAAGUUCCAAAAGAACUCAGGCCAGAAGGUCAGGCAUCCAAAAGAAGGAAGGUGGUUCAUGAGAAGACUGUUGUUACAGUGAAGAUAGGAACAAAUGUAGGGAAACUAAAGAACGAAGGGCCGCCUUCUGAUUCUUGGUCAUGGAGGAAAUAUGGGCAAAAACCUAUCAAAGGAUCACCUUAUCCAAGAGGCUACUACAGGUGCAGUACAUCAAAGGGUUGUUCUGCCAAAAAACAAGUGGAGAGAAGCAAAACUGAUGCUUCAGUGCUCAUAAUCACCUACACUUGUAGCCAUAAUCAUCCAGGCCCUGAUGUCUCCACCACUAACUUGACCCAAUUGCAACCCAGCACUGAAGAUCAUAAUCUCCCAGCCCUACUUCCCAAACAGGAAGAGCAAGAGAAAGAGCGAGAUCACGAGCAAGAGAAAGAGCGAGAUCACGAGCAGGAGCAAGAGCAAGAUCACGAGCAAGAGCAAGAAGAAAAACAAGGGAAACUAGAAGACCAUCCUGCUAUGAAAAGUGAUCAUGAAGAUCAUUUCCACUACAUUCAGUCCCCAAUUAGAUCCUCCCAAAACAUUAUGAUUGACCAAGAAGAAGACCCUUUCCUAGAGAAAACCCAUGUCUCUAGCACUCUCGGGUUCCUCUUGGAUGAAGAGCCCCUCUCUUAUUCCCAGCUCAUGAGCUUCUCAACACCCAAAUCUGAAGAAAAUGACUUCUUUGAUGAGCUUGAAGAACUACCCACAUUUUCAUCUUUCCCAAGCUUCAUGAGGAGCAAUCUCUCCCUUGAAAGGAUUCCCUCUGUCCCCUCUUGAUCCAAGUGGACUUGUUUUUAGUGUUUUUAGUGUUUGCAGCCCUUAGAACAAUGUACCUAGCAAAAUAUUGUUAAUAUAUAUGUCAUCUUCAUGCCUUUAGCCCACUA